CACAAAUUGAUCUAAUAAUUUUUAUUUUUUAAUAAACAAAUAUGGCUACCACCGUGUUGAUAUCACCGAAAACUUUAAGGACAAUCAAAAAUGGUAGAUGGAGUGGGACUGGAAUUAAAGGCUUCUUAGUUGGUGCCCUGAACAGUAAAGAUGCUACACCCAUUUCCGUUUCUGCAGUUUGGCAGAGUCAAAUAGUGGAUACAAAUGAGCCAAAGGAAGACAUAGAUAAGUGUCUUAGUCAUUUUCCUGCAGGCACAAAUGUGGUGGGAGUUGUAUUUUUACCCUCAGAGCACUCUGUCAAAGGGCUGGUUGAAAAUGACCAAGGUGAUAUUGAUCGAGAGUUUGAAGAAGUAUUUGGAAACUAUAGCUUUUGGCUGGAACAAAUGGGAAUGUCACAAAUUAUUGUUCUGGGAUUGUGGAGGAAAUCUUCAAAAGAAACAGAGUGGCAUUCACUUUGUUUCACAUUAAAUGAAGAUUCUGUCUUGAAAACUGAAAUAAACUGUGAUCAUAUGACAAAGCCCUUGUUAAAAAUGAGAUUAAAAGCAGAAAUUCCACUGCAUAUUUCUAUAGAGUCUCAAAGUGAAGACCAAAUGAAGUCUAUCCUGGAUCAUGAAUUGAUGAAACUUCAGAACCAUUCAUUGACUGGUGGAUUUGUGUUUGGCUUUGAUGAAAACAAAAUCAUCCUACAAAAACUAGGGAGAUUUGUGGGCAGCACAUCAGUAGGGUGGUCUACGUGUGGAGAUAUCAUUAAAUUUUUCAUUGAACAAGAUGGGAGUUUAAGCACUGGAGGUAGAAAGAAAAGUGGUGCCAGUCAACAGAUAAUAGUUCCUGUAUCUUUGUUGCAAUUAAUAACAGUAGAACCUCAGACACCAUUGCAAUAUGCUCCCAUAAUUAGACACCACACCGGUACAUUUAAAACUACACACCUUUCCCUGCCAAUAGAUAUACUAGUAGAAGUUGAGGAAACGCUGCCUGUUGCUAAACUCUCUAAUGUUUUAAGUAGAGCUGUGAGCCGGCAGAUAGCAGCUUUAUUUGAGUGUUUAUCUGUUUACACACAAGAUAACAGAAUGCAUACACCUGAAGUUUUCCACUUUAAGCCAUCCUGUCUUGAGACCCCAGUCACAGUUAUAUACCCCAAGGGAGCCACAGAAAAUGAACUUGAAAAAGAACGCCAAAUUCUGCAUGAACAUUUGUGCCUUCCUCUCAACCAGCCAUUAUUAAGAAAAGGUGCUGCAGGGUUCUUUCUUAGACAGACUGCCCCUGGGGGAUAUUUGUUAAAUCCUCAUUUAGGGCUUAAUGACCCUCCAGUAAAGUCAGCUACAGUCUCUGUUGUGGAUGGCUACUACAGCUACCACCACUACAUGCAGGACCACUUUGAUGACGACAAGUGGGGCUGCGCUUACAGAUCUCUACAGACAAUAUGUUCUUGGUUUAAAUACCAGGGCUACACAGAAAAAAAUAUACCCACACAUAAGGAAAUCCAACAGGCAUUAUUUGAAGUAGGCGACAAGGAGCAGAAAUUUGUAGGUAGCAGACAGUGGAUUGGGUCAUUUGAAGUCAGCUAUGUACUGGAUCACUUACUGGGAGUGACUAGUAAAUUCAUCAAUGUGAAUGCAGGUUCUGAGCUUUCCAGCACAGGCCAACAGUUGGCUAACCAUUUUAAAACACAAGGAACACCAGUGAUGAUAGGUGGUGGAGUACUUGCACAUACAAUACUUGGUGUUGCUUACGAUGAGAUGACAGGUGACAUUAGUUUUUUAAUUCUUGAUCCCCACUACACAGGUGGAGAAGAUAUAAAAAUCAUACAGGACAAGGGAUGGUGUGGUUGGAAAGAUAUGAACUUUUGGAAUCAAACAGCUCAUUACAAUUUAUGCUUACCACAACUCCCAGUUUUAAUAUGACAGAAACAAAAAUAAAGCAAGUCACCAGGUAUUGAUGCUAGUUGCUACUAGUGUUCAUCAGAAAAGGGGAUGAAAUUGAAAUAUACAGACUCUAACUUUUCUUGUUUUGGUAUUGGGGCUUUCCUUUUUUUAUUUAUUUUAAAAUUCAGACAUUUUAGUUCCACUAUACUUGUGGCGCAUUUACAGUUUUACCUUUGUCUCUGUUAAAAUUUUCACAAAAUGGCAUUCUGUUUUAUCAUAAGUAAUUACAAUUUAUAUAUCCCUUGAAGGGAAAAAUAAACCAUUUUUUUAAGAAAUAAGAAGCUGUAGGAGAAAAAACAUCACUAUGUGUGACAGCCUAUUGUAUGAACAUGAUAGUACAAUAGAACGAGCAUUUACUUGUACAUAAUAUUAACUGCAUUUGAACUAAGUGCAGGGUAUUUUAUUUGUCUUGAGUUCCAAAAUUGUUUUAGUGAAGAAAAAUGUAUGCAUUAUGAUUGGCCAUUUCUUAAUGUAAACAUGCAUCAAUGAAAUAAAUGCUAAAAA